AUGGCGGCAACGACGAUCGGUUCCUCCUCCAAGCUUGGGCUCCUCCUCCCCACGCUCGCCUUCGUCCUCGUCUUCGCCGCCAGCCCCGGGCACGCGUCUACAGCGGCGCCGGGUCUCGUGUUCCACGUCGGUGGCCCGCGCGGGUGGCGCGUCCCCGACGCCAACACCAGCUACGGAUGGUGGGCCAUGAACAACCGCUUCCACGUCGGCGACAAGCUCUACUUCAAGUACGAGAACGACUCGGUGCUCCUCGUCGACCGGGAGGACUUCGACGCCUGCAACGCCACGGAGCCCAUCGCCAGGUCCGACGACGGCAGCACCACGUUCCCCCUCGACAGGCCGGGGUUCUUCUGCUUCAUCAGCGGCCACCCGGGCCACUGCGAGGAGGGCCAGAGGCUCAUCGUGCGCGUCAUGGUGCACCCGGCCGUGCCCGCGCCCGCGCCUGGACCGAACGCCUACGCGCCGGGGACGUCGCAGCCGGGCGGCGGAGGAGGAUCUGGCGGCGGGCAGGGUGGGUCCUCGUCCGGCGCUUCGUCUGCUGCGGUUGCUGUCGGCGGCUUCGCUCUAGCCGCGGCACUUGCAGUUGGCCUCGUCUUGCUGCUUCAGUGA